AUGUCUCUAGAAUCUAUCAUAGAAAACGCACAUCUUCUAUUGCACAUUACGUUGAACGCGAAUGUUGGCUUUGCAGAAAUUUCUGCUGACCGAGAAAAACUAAUUUUUACGAAUAAAGAGAAGGAAUUGCUAAAGUGGUUGGAACGACUGGAGUCGCUUAAAAAUCAACGACGCGAGCAAGAAUAUGCAUUGCAAAUACAAAAACACAUGUCAACGUUUAACCUUGUUGAAACUGCGAACGAGUUUAGGCUAAAAGAAGAAAUCAAAAAGAAAGAAAAAGAACUAGCACUUUUGCGAACAAAAAAUAUGGUUAAAGACAAGGUCAUAGGAAGUGUUGAAAUCGGACGCGCCAUUCUUUCCUCGCUUUACUCCUCAAAUUCCGGCUCACAUGUUUCAUGCCUCACUAAGCUUGUAAACGAGCGUGAUUCUCUGGUAUCGGAAUUCCUAACUUCUCAUCAGGAAUUACUCAAAGCGCGAACUGAACUGGCAAAAUUACAACAAUCUGUCAUUAUGUGUCAUAAUGAUAAUCGGGAGUUGACGAGAAAAAUUAAGGAUGUUCGAUCACAGUCGAGCGCGUCAACCUCUGCAGAUCUUAACCGCUUGCAAAGAGACCUAUCGGAAGCCGAAGCAAAACUUGAGGUGACUAAAAACGUCCUGCAGGAUUUGAUACUCGAAAGCGGAGUCAAUUGGGUUGCAGACGAGCAUUUAUUGAAACUCAUGUUGAAUAUUGGGAAGGAAAUUUGA